GAGGUUAGUCCUGUAACUUGUCAACAGCGGCUAUCUUUGUAAAGAGCCUCAAUAUUUUAGACCGUAAUUUUGGUGGCUGUUUGUUUUGUAGCAGCGGGGUUAACUGGACGUGUGACACCCUUACAAAAUGAUCUGUCCCACACCAGACCACCACGGAAAAUGGCGACUGUGAAAUAGAUGGAAGACGAAAGUAAGAAAAUAUUAAAUGCAGCGUUUAACUUCUCAUCUGCUUUCAUCCACACUGCUCGGAGGUCACUGCUAUGGAAAUGUCAUGUGUGACAGGUGUUGAUGAAGAUGAAAAAGAUGCUGAUUCAGAAGUCAGUACCCACUCACAGGUGCAGAGACAUGUAAUGGCACAAGACUCUGCCUCUUGCACCUCUUCCUUUGGCAAGUCCUCUUUAAAUCAAAGCAUUGUUCUCGAUGUCCUGUCAAGCACAGACAUCUUAUCUCCGGUUGGCUUGGAGAAUGGGCCCUCUCUGCAUCAGGCUACACAAGACCAUGAAUUCAGCAACAUCUCCUCUGAGAAAGAGGAGGAAAAGUCCAUUACCCCACUAAAGACUGUACAAGAAAUAGACAAUGCUGGAAUUUGGGGGUUUGAUAUAGAAUCGCCUGAGAACUCAUUGGAUAAUUUCAGUAGUGCCAAUGACCUCGACUGGGACCCUCACAAAGAGUUUAUGCGGUUUCUUUGGGAAAAUCAUGAUUCCCCCGGUGAAGAGCCUAAAGAGGAGGUCUCUACUGCCAGCCUCCAAAGGAGAAGAAAGCGAAAAAUGGACAUGGUUGUUAUGGUGGACCCUUCGGAAGACCUGUACCCAAAUCCAAGUCCAAAGUCAUCUGACGACUCAUCUGAUGUUGAAGGCCAAGAGGACUCCUCUCCAAUAAAAGUCAGAAAUUCACACAAGCUUUCCACACCACAGCCGUCACCCACAGAAAACAAUUCUAAGUUUCCAAAUGGUUCUAUAAAUGCCAUGAAUGACAUUUUUUACAAGUCACCUAAAGGAAAUUCCCACAAGAAUAGUAUAAAUAACAAACUUUCAUCGGUGAAAGGAGGGCUUGCUGUAAAUUCUCAUUCAGAGAAGAGGUCAUUUCGUUACCCCUGCUCAAAAUGUAAGCUCACGUUCAAGAAAGAGCAUCGCUUGCUUUUUCAUAUGAAGUCUCAUGAGGACCCUCCUAGUUUUUCACCAAAGCCUUUUAUGUGCAGAGAAUGUGGCCAGUCUUUCAAAGAAAGCAGUGCACUAAUUGAUCACAUGUCCAUCCAUGAAAAGAAAAGAAUACGACUCAGAGAAGAAGUCAAAGAAGUUAAAGAUAGGAAGAAAGAAGAGAAAAACAAAAUGCUGUUCUGCCCUCAGUGCUCCUUUGGAACAAGCUCUCCCAACACUUUUGUUCAACAUGCAAAAACCCACGAAAAGGACAAAAGAAUAUUUAGUUGUGACAAAUGCAGCUUUAGGUCUCAGAGUGCUGGUGAUCUUAAAAAACAUGAUAUAUUGCAGCACACUGUUAUUACGGUUAAAAAGCAGAUCCAAAGUAAAGACUCUGAAAUAUUCCCCUGUGCCAUGUGUUCAUAUAAAGCUUUUGGUGAACAAGUUUUUCAGAAUCACCUAAUGCUGCGUCAUCAGAUGACUUUGAAUGAAUAUAUAGAGGUACAGCACAGUGAGAAAGAUGCACCACCAUCUAGGGAAUCGUCUCCCGUUGAGGACUCAGGGCUUACAUCUAAAAUAUCAAUACAAAAUCAAACCUCUUCUCAGAGAGAUUGUUUAGUAGAUGAGUCUGGGAGCCUGUCAGACUUGUUUGAAAAUAGCAAAGUUAAGAGAAGUCCCAAGUCUCAAGUAAAAGAAUCAAAACUUGACAAAUCCAUCAAUGUUCUUCUAUCUCGUCAAAGCAAUGGAAAGAAGACUGCUGAACAGAAGAAUGAAAGCAAUAACUGCAUCGCCCAGAACUCCAAAAACAGUUGUGAUGGCUCAACAGAAACGAUGUCAGUCAAAGUUGAAUAUUCAGAUGGGUCACUAAAUGGUCCUAAGUUAAACAUAGAUACGUCAUCAGUCAAAAAGUCACCAUCUAAAAGGAAAAUGUCUACCCCGUAUCGUAACACUUCGGAGCAAGACUCGUGCUUCGAUUUACCAAGAUCUUUACCAAGUCCCAAUACAUUAAAUCAAGAAGAUGCAGAAGAUUGUGAUGAAACAGAAAUGUUCCCUGGUAAUGAUUCAGAAUCCAGUAGCAACCAUUUUGACAGUGGCAUUAAAAAAGAAAGAAAACACAUAAUAUACACCUAUAGUAGAAGGAUGUCAAUGAGAGGUGCUUUACAGGCAUCUAAAAAACUGUUUGAGAAAAUAAAGACUGAAGAGCAAGAACUGAAUGACCCUGAAAUCAAAGAAGAAUCCAUAGAAACUGAAGUUUUUCAAGAAAACUUUGAGUCCCACCAGAUACCACUGGGGGAGUCUCCCACAAAUGAUUUGUUAGAGUUGGACACAGACGGAAAGAACUGUCCUUACUGUCCUGCCAUUUUUGAGUCUGGUGUUGGACUGUCCAACCAUGUGCGAGGACAUCUUCAUAGAGUUGGACUAAGCUACAAUGCACGCCAUGUUGUGCCUCCAGAGCAAGUGGCUUACCAGGAUAGACGGCCACGUAUUCGACGCAGGUUUUCAGCUAUUCGCCGAUUGAGAAAAGCACUACAGCUAGAGUCAGAUUCGGAGACUGUGACUGACCUCCACACUUGUCCGCUCUGUGGGGAUGCGUUCGAUAACAGGACGGGGCAGUCUAACCAUAUAAGAGGUCAUCUGAAAAAGCUUGGGAAAAAUUUUGCUUCAAAGAGCAAAUCCCCAAUCAUUUUACUGCAUGAGUUGAUGCGAGACAAAAAGGAAUUUCAACAAGCCCUUCAGAUUCUGGGAAGAAGACGAAACCAUUUUCAUUAUGGUGCUUCACCAAAGCUGCCCAUCACUAAUCGCUUCACCUCUUCUCAGACCAGAUUCCCCAAAAGUCAUUCCAUCCCAAGUGUUCUCACGGACACCAAACCACUGAUGCCCACAUUUACUUUAUCUGACAUUAAGUCUGAAAAUGGGCAGUUGGAGAAGAUGGGUGUUAAAAAUUCUCUCUCAGGCACAACUGCCUUAAUAGGGAUUCUGAAAAAAAGGAAGUGUCAAGAAGACGCCAGACUAAAAGGAUCAACUCCGAUCUCAAGAAAUGAGUCAACGGUUUCUUCAAAUAGUGAGCACAGUUCAGGAUCACUGCCAAACUCUCCAUCUGAAAAGGGUGAAUUCAACAGGAAGAUGUGCAUUCAUUGCAAUGCAACUUUCCACAGCGGAGUUGCCCUCUCCAAUCACCUCCGGGCAUAUGCAAAAAGAAAAAGGAUCGCCUUACAAGAGGGAACCACUGUUCAGUGCAGAGCAGUUAGGCAACGCUCCAGGUCGUGCUUAAAGAAGAAGACCCUGCCCUUACCCCAAUCUCCAGAGGAGAUGUAUAGGCUCACCUGCAGGUUCUGUGACCUCGUCUUCCAGGGCCCCCUGUCAGUCCAGGAGGAUUGGAUCAAACAUUUACAGAGACACAUUAUGAACACUGGUGUCCCUCACACUGGACUCGGCAUGCUAGAGGUCUCAUCGCUGCCUACAGCCCCCCCGAGCGUCAAGACUGAUCAAGACAGCUGUUCAGCAGCCCCACACGUGGCCUCGUGAGGCCCGCUGGGACCGUUUUUAGACUUCACUAGCUUAUAUGUGUAUGUACAUUGGAUGUUUGAUCACUUGUUUUUGUUUUGAGGGAAAUACUGGCCAGGAGGACGGCUCAGCCCGGUUUUGGGCAUCGGGCGAAUUGGAACGUUCGGACAGUAAAAAAAUCCUCCUAAUUAGGAAACUGUUACCUUUCUGUUUCUACACGGUCCUUUCUGUGGAAUGAAAUUCCACAUCUUCUUGUUUUACGCAGUAGUGUCGAUCCCGUUUGUAAUGGAAACAACCUUUACCUCAGAUUUCAGCCUGUUUUAGUCCGCGUUGGGAAGCACCGCCCUCCUCUGAACCAAUUCUCACAUAGAUUACAGUUUUUAUUUCAGUCGCAGCAGCAGCAGCCUGUCCCGUCAGGCCGGAGUGACCAAACCCAGGACCUGGUGCACAAAAAACGUCUGCAACUUUUUAAUGCAUAGAAAAUGUUUUUAGCCUUUACGUAAUUGCAUCGUUUCUAAUAUGAAAUCUCCAGAUGGGUCAGGACGGUUUUAAAAAUGUUGAGUCUUACACACCCUGUGCUGAUCCUCCCCUUUAUGUCACCUAUAUUUAAUGUUUAAAUAUGCUGUUUUGAAUAAUUUAAUUUGAAAUGUGCUAUAUCACACAGAUCCGUGUAAAACAUUUGUGUUGUUCUGAAUAAAACCGAAGGAAGCUCGA